AUGGCGCAAGCCCUGGACGAUAGUUUCGGGUCUGAUUUGAAGCAUCUGAUGGAUUGCAUGCAUUUUAUUAGUGGUCGUUGCAAUUUAAACAACAACUGUCCUUAUCGCCAUUAUCGUGAAGCGGCUGAACAAACAAAAAGCUGUCCAAAAUGGCCUAAAACAUGUCGCAAUAUUGUAUGUCCCUAUCGGCAUUGUAUGACGACUGCGCUUCAAGCGACAGUUAAAAAAGAACCAACACACAGAGUAAUACUUAAGUUGCCUGGACAACUGCCACUGUCAACAAAAUCGUCAAUGCCGUCACAAGGUUUUAUAAGUUUCUUUUGGGAUAUUGAAAAUGUUCCCAUACCUAAAGGACAAAAACCUUUCGAUAUUGUUCAACGUAUUCGACAAAAACUAGUUGUUGAAUCAGGCCUGCAAGAAGCAGAUUUUUCUUGCUUUUGUAACAUCAAUACGAUAUCACAAGACAAUCAACAAAAUUUACAUCAUGCCAAUGUUCGUAUUAUUCAUGUACCUGAUCGAAAGCCCGGCGCAGCUGACCGACAAAUCAUGCUUGAGUUGGACCGUUUCGAGCGUAUUCAUCGUCCACCGGCUACUGUAGUUCUCAUAUCGGGUGAUAUUGAUUUCGUUGGAAAAUUAAGUGAUCUUCGUCAUCAAGCCGGAUUUCAUGUUAUAGUCAUACAUAAUAAACCAGCUAAAGACGAACUAAAAGCUACUGUGCAUACGCACUAUCCAUGGGAAUAUUUUACUACUCCACAGCAACAACAGCUACAAUCACUAAUGAGUGCAGAUAAUAAUAUAAAUUCGAUUUUUAAUGGAGCCACAAAGUCAACAAUACAACCGAACAUAAUACAUGCCUCUAGUAGCGCUAAUGUUUUACGUCGAAGAGAUCCAUCAUUAAGUUCGCCACGUGUACGAAAGAACUCAUCUUCGAUUGUAAGUAAUCAAAAUAUAAAAGUUUAUAAUUGUCCACAAUGUUCAAAUGAAUUUCAAACUGCUGAAGGCUUAGAACAACAUCAGAAAGUUAAAAAUCAUUUAUUCUAUUGUCCCGUUUGUAAUGAGAGUUUUGUAAUGGAGAAAAGUCAAGUUCAACAUCAAAAAGACAAAAAACAUUAUAUUCGAGAUUAUAAAUGUGAUCAAUGCAAUCAUUAUUUCGCUAAAGUGGAAAGUUUGAAUCAACAUCGAAACGCUACUGGACAUACAUCAUCACCUAAGAAAUCUACUGCUAAUGGAUGCUUUGUUUUGCAGGAAACAUCGGCAGUUUUAUCGCCAUCAAAUCGUAAUAAUAACAACAAUGAUAAUGAAGAUCCUAUGCUAAUUAUUCUGCAAGGCAUUGAAGCUAUUAGACAGCAUUAUGUAAAGUAUGGUUUCAUCAGUGAUUAA